AUGGAUGCGUACAUGCACUUUACGCUGUGCGUGAACGAUCGCACGGCGCACGCGGAGGAGUUGGAUCUCGCGAGAGCGCUCGUGAAUCGGUCGUUGAUGGCGUUGAAGUUGACGGAUUACGAUGGCGCGCGAAGGGACGCGAAUGGGGCGGUGGAGCUGUUGAAGGGCCUGGUCGCGAGCGAGCGCGAAGGAGAGUCGAACGCGGCGAGGUUGAUGGCGAAGGCGUUGUAUCGCUCGGGCGUGGCGAGCAUGGGAUUGGGAGCGACCUUGGACGCUGUCGCGGUUUUGUUAGACGCGAGGAGAAUGGCGCCGAAAGAUGAGGAUGUGCGGUUGAAGUUGGUUGAGUGCGCGGCGCGCGUGGAGAUGACGGAGGCGUGCGCCAUGUACGCGUCGACGAUUUCGGAGGGCGAAAUGCCCAACCCAGUUUCGCCGCGGGAUGGGAAAUGGCUGAAACCGGUGAAACCGGAGUCAGAGCGCAUGAGUCUACACGCGAUGGCGCAGACGUUGGUGGAUUGUGCCGUGGGUGUAGAAUCUCGUUGGCGCUCCGAGCUCGCCGAAAUAUUUUUCCUCUCCAUAGGCGAUUCUCUCAAGACGAGCGCGAUGCGACGAGGCUUCUUGAGCGGCUUGCGCGCCGAGGCGUACGCACACGUCGGUAACUACGCUCAGGCUGUGAAGGACUAUCGCGUGGCGUUGGCGUACUAUCCCGCGUGGGCGCGCGCGUAUCACGGUUACGCGCUCGCCAUCGAACAAGACCUCGUGCACAACCACGUGUCGCGCGUUGAAGUGGCGAGCCAGUCGUCGCGAGGUGCGUACAGUGACGCUCUGAUCGUCGACGCCCAAGUCGCGUCGGCGCUGUGGAUGAAGCGUGCGUUGGAGUUGGAUGCUACCGUGGAAGAGUACGGACGAGAAUUUCUUCGACUUGUCGCCAAGCUCUCGAGUGAGAUUCGCGACGUGCUCUCGCGCGAAGAAACCAGCGUCGAGGACGCGCUGAAGUGGCUCGAUGAGGACAAAUGGGAAAACGUGCCAGAGUACAUUCGCCCGCGUCCCAAAUACUACUACUUUUACGAGAUGAUGAAGGCGCGGAUUUACGAGCACUACCCCGAGCUCCCGCAACCCGUCAUGGACAAGUUGUUAUCGCUCGACGCCGGCGAGUUGGAUCUCUUACUCCAAUACCCGCGCGCGAUUCGGGGCCAAACCGAAGAAUUCCUCGACGUGUACAAACGUGAAGGUGGCGAGUACUUGGCGACGUACAAAACCCCAACUCUCACUUGGGACGAGGUCAAGGCGCUCAAAGGCAAGGGCACGCAAGGCUUACUGCCGAACGGCGGUCGCGACAAAUUCGCGGCUCUUCCCGAGGAACGCAUCGACCCGGGUUCGGGCUUCUUCGAAGAAAAAGACACCGAUCACGCAAUGUUGGGCGCAUCCGGUGAAGACGGCCUCACGCGCGCCGAGCUUGCCGGACUCCCGACCAAACCGUCGCUUCCCCCCGACCAGCUUCGCGACGAGCAAAAUCGACUCGCCGCCGCCGCCGCUCAAGACGCGCCGCGCUUACCGAGCGCGACGCCAUCGCGCGAGACGACGUCUUCACCCUUAAUUAAGCGUAUAGAUAGACUCUUGGAAUGA